CAUAGUAAAUCAGUACAUAAUAUAAACUUAAAAGUAGGAUCAUUCUUAAUACUUGUGUAAUACUAGAAUUCAGAAAAUUUCUGUUAUCUGAUUAAUUUAUGCAAAACUCUCACAACAAUCGACUAUUUAGUAGAUUGUAUCGUGUCACUUAUCUCUUAAUAUAAAUGAGCAGCACAAACCCGAAAUUUUAUUAGACAUGGCUCAAACAGAUGUAACAUUAACCCAAAGAUGUCUUUGGAUGUCACAUGUCCUAUUCCAACAGUGUGUUGCAGUGAUUGUAACAGUUAUUUUAAGCACAGUUAUAGUCAAUCUCGACAUAAACAACAUUGGAACAUGGCACAUUAUUUUAUGCACACUAGGGUACGCCUUCUUCAUGGCUGAGGCAAUUGUGGUUUUCGCAAAAUCGAGUUUUAUUACAGUAUCCCUAAAACGAAAAUUUCACGGAUACAUACACGGUGUUUUAAUGGGGUGUGCCAUCAUUUGCGUUACCAUCGGAAUAUCACUGAAGAUUUACCAGAAGAGCACACAUUUCAAAUCCAAUCACGCAAUAACAGGUCUCGUUUCCUGGAUAUUGGGCCUGGUAGCUACUUUUGGCGGUGUGGCAGCAGCAAACGCCAUACAUUUUAAAUCCUUUAUCCGUCCGGUAUGGAUCAAGUUCUUCCACAAUUUUUUGGGGAUCGCCUCAUACAGCAUCGGAAUGGCUUCGUUGGCGCUUGGUUUGUACAAAGGAUCGAUUAAAAUGUACACACAGGACGAAACCAGAACAGCCAUGGUGUGGGUUAUUGGAAUCUUGACGGUUUACAGUCUUCUCGAAGCUUUUAAAUCGCUCUUCUUUCAAAUAAAGAAUGCUAUAUUUAAAUGACAAUCGAAUGUAUUUAUUUAUUUUUCUUAGUAAUAAAUGAUUUUUUUUU